AUGGCAUUGAUUCAUGGUCUAAUGGGAAAGUUUCCUUGCCCUGUCUGCCUCGUUCCUCAUCCAAAGGCAUUACGUGCUCAGGCCCGAGAGUCUACAACAUUGGAAGCAAGAGAGCAGGUAUUGAGCUCAGAGAGCCUCCGUGAUGUCAAUGUGGUAUCAAUAUCCUUUUCUGAUGGAAUGAAAUAUGAAGAUAUAUCGAAGCUGAUUGUUUUCGCUGCCCAUAAUGUAUUUAAGCGUGAUCUGGAUCCACAGGCUUAUCUCCUGCUUCAUUGUAUUCGGAGUUAUGUGGAAUUCAACACAUAUGCAUUGCUAGAGGUUCACACCGAGGAUAUGAUCAGGGAUGGCCGAAAUACGUUGUUGGAGCUUACGGAACUUAUGGAUGAAUAUAUUCAUAGCAAGAUGGAGUGCCUCGAUGCACAGAAUCUCGGUUCAUUAGUUGUGCCUGAUCCAUCGGAGGUUGAUUCAGAUGGGCUCGAAUCAACCGAUGAACCAACUGAUAUACAGCAUUUUAGUCUUGGUUCGCAGCAGGCAACCAAAUCAUUUGUGGAUAUCGAAGCAACUAACUGCAGACACAUCCAACUUGCUGCGAAUGACAUGAUAACCGAGUUCAGAUUUAUUAAAGCAGAAUCUGGUCCUAUCUUCGCCAAACUGUUGUUAGUCUUCACCUGCACAGUUGGGGAUGUCGCAUAUCCUAUCGCACUCACACUCCCAUACGAUCAACCGGUGGGCACUCGACCGCAGAAGGAUAAAGACUUCAAAUUUUGGCAAGUCAAGGCGAAGCCCAGAGCCUCUGCUGAGAACGCACAGAAUGAAUGUGUGGGGCAAGCAGUGGAUCUGGUUGCUCAAUUGACUGCAGAGGAGGAGGAAACAGAAGAGGACAGGGAGUGGAGACUCGCAGAAGAAGAGGAUGAGAGGCUGGUGAGGGAGGUGUUUUCCAAGGUGUCGAUGCCCACACUAUCAGGUAGCUCUCCUGUGGCGGCAGAGAGUUCUGGAGAUACAUCCAUCGAACCGACUGCGCCACAACUGGUCACCAUCAAGUGGAAGGUUGAUGACAUCGAGCCUGAUCUGCACAAUGCCAAAUCUGUUGGUGUGCCGCCCGCGAAGAAGCCGAAAUCAGAUUUGAAGAACAAGCUGGGCAUCAAAAUAGCGAAGAAGGGCAAGGUCUACAACGACCGCCUUCUUGGUCAUGGCCAUAGCUGCGUUCAUGGACACUCUGUCAACCAGUCUAUAUGGGUCAUCAUCUGA